GAUUACAUCACUACCCCUCCCUCCUCUUUUCAUCAUUCCUCCACCCCAUCCACCCCUCUACUCCACCCCUUGCUCGCUCAUUCCACCACCAACCCAAGAAAUUCCGCUAACCGGAGAAACUCCGAAUCUCAAAUAAUUUCCCUCAUCUCAUAUCUCCAAUCCCAAAUCAUACCAUACCAUACCAUACUAUAGCUACCUCGCCCCUCUCAAUUGACACCACGCUCUUAAAUUUCUCUCUCCCUCUCCCAAAACCCAAACUUAUCAAACCCCCCAAAAAAAAAUGGUCGUACGCAUCCGACUCGCGCGCUUCGGCCGCAAAAGACAACCCAUCUACAACAUCGUCGUAGCCCAAGCCCGCUCAGCUCGCAAUUCUCUCCCCCUCGAAGUCCUCGGUACCUACGAUCCCAUCCCCAAGCUCCCCGCCGACGGCGAGGGCCAAAAAUUCAAAGACAUCCGACUCGAUACGCUGCGCGCAAAGUAUUGGUUGGGCGUGGGUGCGCAGCCGUCGAAGACGGCGUGGAGAUUGUUGAGUAUGGCCGGCCUCCUCGAACCCCAAUACACACCCCAAUCCAAAAAGCCCACGCCGCCCACCUCCAGCAAACCCAUUCUCAAAACCGACAUUUAAGCUUUCCCCAUCCAUCAUCCAUCCAUCCAUCCAAUUUUCCGUUUCCGUUACCACAUUGCUGAUGUGAAACUCAUCGAUCGAUCUACCUAUCUAUCUAUUCUUGAGCGAUGCAGGAUAUGAAUGAAUUACACAGUUACACAGCUAGAAAGAAGGAAAGAAAGAAAGAAAAACUUGGAAAAGAUGAGAAAGAAACAGACGAAAAGGAUACACAAAUCAAUGGCAAAGCAAAAAGCAAAAACGAAUAUCAAGAGCACAAUCAAAAUAUUAAAAUGGAGAGAAACGAGUCUAUGGUAUGACGAUGAAUAGAGACGGAAUAUGGAAUGAGUAAGGGAGGAUGUGUGGAGCGUGUAUGCGGCGUUUUACAUAUACACACGAUGUGUGCAAAAAUGCUGGGAGGGAUUUUGUUCUUACGAGGAGAUGAACGUUUAUAUUCAUGGGCGAUAGAUCAGUUGAUGAUGAAUUGUAGUGAUAAUAUGGAAUCACAUACCGGCCUAGCAUAAACUGGCAUCCUUUUGUAAAAUAAAAAAAAUUAGGAGUUGGGAAUUACAAAAAAAAUCGAAUCAAAUCAUCUAUAUCUACA